AUGACCGACAAAAAGGAAAAUAAGAUGAGAGAAGUCAAGAUCGCCAAGUUGGUUAUCAACUGUUGCGUUGGUGAAUCUGGUGAUAAGCUUACCAAGGCUGCUAAGGUCUUGAAGGAUUUAUCCGGACAAGAACCCGUCUUCUCCAGAGCUAGAUACACCAUCAGAUCCUUCGGUAUCAAGAGAAACGAAAAGAUGGCUGUUCACGUUACCAUCAGAGGUGAUAAGGCCAGAGAUAUCCUUACCAGAGGUUUAAAGGUUAAGGAAAUGGAACUUAGAAAGAAGAACUUCUCCAACACUGGUAACUUCGGUUUCGGUAUCUAAGAACACAUCGAUCUCGGUAUGAAAUAUGACCCCUCUACUGGUAUUUUCGGUAUGGACUUCUACGUCGUCCUUGAAAGACCCGGUACAAGAGUUGCUAGAAGAAGAAGAGCUACCUCUAGAGUCGGUAACAACCAAAUGAUCUCCAAGGAAGAAUGUAUCAACUGGUUCAAGACCGAAUUCGAAGGCAACGUCUAUUGA